AUGUCGGCUUACUAUUACGGACCUCAGCAUCAUCAGCCUUCGUCGUCUUCCUCACAUUCCUCCUCGUCGCACAAUCACCAUGGUGGUCGAUCACGGAGAGCGCCACGGCUCUCAGCGUCCCAGAACUCGCAUCGCCCAUUUCGUGGGGUUCGGAGCAUGAAGGAGCUCACCGAGAGCCCACCGACCUCGGCUUUCCGUGUCCGAUUCGAGGCCGGGAGGUCUUUUGACUUGGAUGACGACUUGGAGUUCUGCCCGGGACUUUUGACUGAGGACGACUUACAAUCUAUCCACUCCUCCUCAUCCGAUGGCUCUCUCUCCAGCGGCUCGCCUCACUCAUCUCCACUCCAACCCCAGAUCCAGCCUCAGCAACAAGCCACUCCUAGCUUCUCUCUCUCUUCCGCUGCGUCAAACAACUCCUACAACCCCAUUACUGGCUUCCAAUCAAACAAUAGCCAGCAGAUGAAGAUCCACCAACCUUCUGCCUUGCGCACACGCAAUGCCAUCCCGAUAGUCAACCCUAGUACGGGCAUGCGGGUGCCAAGUCCACCUUCUUCGAUAUCGCCCGCCAUGAUGCAGCAGCAGACGUAUGUUCGUCACUGGUAG